AUGGCCUUCAACAAGAAAUACGCGGGUCUUCCAGAUCUCGAUCUCGCGCCCGAUAUUUACGAAACCCCCGACCUCACCGACGAAGCUUCCACCGUCCCGGUACUACUACCCACUACAGCCACUAUCCGCACAGCCUCGAACCUCGACGACGAUGCCGGCUCCAACUCCGACAUUGACCGACAAGGCGUGGACGCCGACGCGGCGCGCGCCCAUUUCCUCGGUGCGACGGUCGACGCCCGCGAAGUGAACUUCUCCGACAGCAUCGACACCAAGCGCAAAGCGUACCGGAGCAAGAGCCGACGGAGAAGGAAGAACGAGAACGGACUCGAAGAGGUCGGUGACCUGAGCGACAGCGAAGACGAGAGUUUGGACAGGAAGCUGGCUCGGCUGCGACGAGAGGUCGAAGAACUGAAGGACGAGGUGGCGACGAGGGAAGACGCGACCGAACCACAAGACCCUGCCGCCGGUAAUGACAAGGAGCCGCUCGGUGACGGCGUCCUAGAACUCAGUCGCGCGCUGGAUAGUCUCUAUGCAUCCUCCCGCGGCCCCGGUGGUGUCGGUGUCCCGCACUCCGCCGCCGCAGCGCUAUCCAAGAAACUUGACGCCGACUCUACCACUACGCAGUCCACUGUCCCUGCGACGACGGCUGGCCUCGACACCCAACAAGCCCUUUCUCCUCUUCCUUCUUCCUCUGACCAGACCAUCCCCAAUGUCGGCGUCCUCUCCCACGCCGCCGCCUUCGACAGCCGUCUCGCGCUCAUCGAAUCAGCCAUGGGCAUCUCCAGCUCCUCCAACCCGUUCGUCUCCGACGGCAUCUCCGAACCCCCCUUACAACCUGUCCUCCCGGCCCUCGACCACAUCACCUCACGGCUCGCCACCCUCAUGAACCUCCUCGUCGGGCCGGCCCCGGCCUCCGCCGUCCCCACCACCUCCGCCGGCCACCUGCCCCCAUCGACGACCGUCUCGACGCCUCACCUCGAAACGCUAUCCACCCGCGUGCGCCGUCUCACCGCAGACACCGAGGCACUCGCUGCGGCACGCAAACGCGCCCUCGACGCCGCCAAAGCAGCCCAGAACGCGCGCAUCGCAGCCGCGGCCAUCGAGCCGUCCGACGUCUCCGUCUCGUCCUCCUCCGCCACGGAGACCGACCCGGCGGCUACGCAGCGCGAUGAACAAGCCACCAAGAUCCAGGCCCUGUAUGCCACGCUCCCGACGAUCCAGUCUCUGCACCCAAUCCUGCCCAGCGUGCUGGAGCGGCUGCGCUCGCUGCGCGCCAUCCACGCCGGGGCGGCGCAGGCGUCCGAGUCCCUGGAUGAGCUGGAACGGCGACAGGCUGACAUGGCACGGGAGAUUGAACAGUGGCGUGAAGGGCUGCGCGUGGUGGAGGAGAAGAUGGGACAGGGCGAGGCGGCGCUGAAGAGUAAUGUGGAGUUAGUGGAGCCGUGGGUGCGGGAUUUGGAGGGGAGAUUGGAGAGGCUGGAUACGACUGGUGGUGUUUAA